AUGUCAUAUGUAUCACCAGCUAUACGUACCAUUUUUACGGAUGUAACUGGGCCUAUGUCAGAUUUCCAAAUGUUGGGACGCUGCGCUAAGCCAGAAGCGGAUAUGAUGGGAUGUCUUGAAGCAUAUGGUUUAGACAGGGGUCUCCGCAAAUGUCAGGAUUUGAUUGACGAAUUUUAUGAAUGUCAAACAUUAAAAAAACAGUUCGCAAGAUUCGUGGCUAUGCGUAAAGAGCGAGAGAGACAAAUUGCCUGCGGAAUACUGACAGGAGAUAAGAAAUAUGUAUCACCAAGAAUCGACAGUUAUUAG